GUCCUAUCCUAACAAAAGCUUAUUUAUUCAGCUUUCAGAUGAUGUAUAAAUCUCAAUUUCAAAAAUUGACUCUUAUGGCUGGUUUUGUGGUCCAGGGUCACACACAUAUAAGUUCUCAAAAAAUGAUACACACGAAUUGAGAAUUAAACCGCCAGAGGGCAGCAUACAACAAAAAUCCAGCAAUGACGACGCUGUCAGAGGUGCUUCACUGUUAUCAAAGCCACCUGAGCAAAUAUUACUCUGAGAUGUAGUAGUUACCAUACUUGGCGAAUUGAUGAGUAAUUUGUAAAAAAAAAUAAUAAUAAUAAUAAUUCGUUUUACACAUUAUAUAGACCUACGUAUUAUUUAGGCUACUAUAACAUUACUAUGAACGUGAAAAAGAAAAGAGGAGAGUGAAAAACAAGAUAAAAGGAGUAACCUUGGGAAGUGUCUGUAGGCUACUCAUGUGAUUGGCUGACAGUUCGUUUGUGUCUGUGGUUCCACUAUAAAAGGUUUUCUAACGGUACUCUCAUAUCAUAUUAGCUUGGAAUACUGCGCUCCAUAAGGAUCUACAACUCAUCAUGAUUUUUACGCAAUGGAUUAACAUAUCUGGAUUUUACCACCUAUAAAUUCCUUAAAGUAUCCUGUCUGGCUUUAGAUUAUCUGAUUAUCAUCUAUUUCAAGAGGACUUUUUUUCUUCUAUUGGACACAUUUUUGCGCACACUGUACACCAUGGCAAAUUCUUGCUUACAGUUCACGGGUUUUGUGAUGGGUUUUCUUGGUUGGAUUGGGCUCAUCAUCGCCACUGCCACUAAUGAAUGGGUAGUCACUUGUAAAUAUAACAUACACACCUGUAAGAAGAUGGAUGAACUGGAGGCCAAAGGUUUGUGGGCAGACUGUGUGAUCUCAACUGCUCUGUAUCACUGCAUCACACUCACGCAGAUUCUCGAGUUACCAGCGUACAUCCAGACGUCUCGAGCGCUGAUGGUCACAGCAUCGAUUCUUGGAUUGCCUGCUGUAGCGCUCGUGCUCAUGUCCAUGUCCUGUAUUAACCUCGGAAGUGAACCAGAAAGCGCCAAGAACAAACGAUCAGUGUUCGGUGGAAUCCUAAUCCUGCUGACUUCUUUUUGUGGCAUUGUCUCCACUGUGUGGUUUCCUAUCGGGGCCCAUAACGAGAGAGGUUUGAUGUCCUUUGGCUUCUCCCUCUAUUCGGGCUGGGUUGGCACUGCACUUUGUUUUUUGGGAGGCUGCAUGAUCACAUGCUGUUCAGUGGACACCCCUGCUGCAUACACUGACAACAACCGAUUCUACUACUCCAAACAGGGCCCCGCCCAUCCUGGCCCCGCCUCCACUAACCACGCCAAAAGUGCUCAUGUGUGAGCUUCGGGAUUACUGCUCAGAUCAGAUUUCUACUCUCUUUCCUCUCUUUUUCCACUGUUUCUUGUUUCAACCACAUCUCUAUCUACAGUGGUGACUCUUUGGAUAGUUAUGGUACAGCUGAACUCUAACCCUUUGACUCAGCAGCAGGGUCAGUCGCUGGUGAAGUAACUGCACUGAAGUAUUUAUUGUUCAAAGGGUCUUCAGUACAAUGUGCCAUUUUAAGUCCUAUCUCUGUAGUGGGAAAUGAAUUUUUGCAUUGUUAUAUGAAUACUAACAGUAUUACCAAUGUUUUUUUAUUCUAAAUCUUUCAGUUUAUUUCAGUCUGUUUGUACAGCUGUCUUUUCUUUUUGAUUAAUUUCAGAACAUUUCAGAAUAGCCACCCAAACCAAAUUGCACCAAAAUUGGACCAAAGCAGUAACUAUUUAGCAAUAUUAUUUAUUGUAAUACUUGUAUGCAGUUUUUAUUAUGUUUUUUUGUAAUAAACAAUGUUGUCCAUGUGAAAA